AUGUUUCAAUGCCAAGCUACAAUAAUGAGGCCAAAUGGCAGUCCCUAUCAGGGUGGAGUUUGUUUCUUAAUAGUUAAUUUCCUAAUGACUUAUCCCUUAAUACCACCUAAGGUUGCAUUUACAACAAGAAUUCAUCAUCCAAAUAUUAACAGUAAUGGCAGCAUUUGUCUUGAUAAUAUGGUCACAGUGGUCUCCAGCACUGUUUCUAAAGUACUCUUGUCCAUGUAUUCUCUGUUGUGUGAUCCCAAUCCAGAUGAUCCUUUAGUGCCUGAGAUUACUCAGAUCUACAAAACAGAGGAAAGUACAACAGAAUAA